CAAGAAAUCAAGCCAAUCCACUGCCUGACCAGGUGAAUUUUGUGAGCGGCAAAACUCUUCUAGGUCAACUGCAAAAGAUUUUAUACAAGUGGAAAUUGCUGUUGAAAAAAACUCACAGAAGAUCAUCCUCAUAAGAAAGCAUGGAGACUUCAAAAGGAAGAGGUCCAGGACAAAAUAAAAGAUUUUGGAGCGAAGAUGAAGACAAACACUUGAUUGAAGCACUUAUGGAACUGAAUAAUGAAGGGAAGUUUAAAGCUGAAGGAAAUUUCAGGCCAGGUCAUCUUAGAGCUCUUGAGAUGAAAUUAAAGGAGCGGAUGCCUGCAUGUGAUAUACAAGCUAAGCCACACAUUGAGUCUAGAAUGAAGACUUUGAAGACUCAUUUUCAAGUGGUUCAUGAAAUGUUGAUUGGACCAUUUUGUAGCGGAUUUGGGUGGGAUAAUGACAGAAAAACUGUUACUGCAGAAAAGUCAGUGUGGGAAGCAUAUUUGCAAAGUCACAAAGAAGCAGCCCCCUUCAAGAUUAAGUCAUUCCCUUGGUAUGAUGACUUAUGUAUGGUUUUUGGCAAGGAUCGUGCAACUGGAAAAAAUGUGGAGACUGCAGCAAAUGUUGUUGAAGAACUUCAAACUGAAGAAGAAAACACUACUCUUGGAGAAGAUGAUUUCAACUAUGCUAACAAUGUGGAUGAAGUGCCAUCUAUGUCUGUUUCAAAUGCAACAAGAGGUGCUCAAUCUCACACUCAAUCAGAUGGGUCUUCAAAGAAGAAAAGGAAAGCUGUAAAUCAUGAAGAACUUUCAGAUGCAUUCACACAAUCAGCUUGUAUUAUUGCAAGAGAAAUUGAAAAAGCUUCUAUUCGUUUGAGUAAAGCUAUUGGUGAAGCCAUGAAUGAAAAGCAUAUGCAACUUGGGAAAGAGUUAGAAACGACCACUACACUUACCACAACUCAACGUCAUAAGGUAGCUCGCAUGAUUAUGCAAGAUAAUGCCCUGGUUUCUUACUUUUUCAGUGUCCCAGAUAAUGAGAAGGAUGAAUGGGUGACACUUCUUCUUGAUGGCUCUCUCUAAGAUCAUGUUUAGUCCACUUUUCUCUACUACAAUUUGCAGGACAAUUUAUAUUGCCUUUGACAUUCAGUUGUGUACAAAUUAUAAUCUUUUGGAUAUGAUGUAAUGUUUUAUGCUCAUAAUUUUGCAAACUAGAUUGUCUUUGAGCAUAGAUCUGAGUAAUUGGACAUGAAUACUUAUACUAUUUCUAGUGAUAUUUCAUGUGUAUGGACAAAGUUUGAUCUCAGUAAUCAAAAACUCUUUUGAUUAUUAGAAUAUAAAUAUGUUAUAAUGUUUA